CCUCGACGAAACCCCGACAUAUGACGUCACCCGCAAAGAAGAAAAAAUAUGUGACGUAGUGGCCAAGAUGGCGGCUCCCCUCUCCACGAUGAAAUUUUGGAAGCCGGGGUCGGAGGCUCCCGGGAUCUCAGAGGAGCGGGAGCUGACAACAGAGACCACCGGCUCCCCUGUCAUAUUCAACCCGCACACCGCCCUCUCCAUAGAGAAACAGAGACAGAAACUCCCCGUGUUUAAGCACAGAAACAACAUCUUGUACUUAGUGGAGAGCUACCAGACUGUCAUCAUAGUCGGCGAGACGGGGUGUGGGAAGACAACACAGAUACCUCAGUACCUGCUGGAGGCCGGCUGGGCAGCAGAGGGGAAGGUGAUCGGGGUGACGCAGCCUCGCCGUGUGGCUGCUAUCUCUGUGGCUAACCGUGUUGCAGAGGAGCGAGGGGCCUUGCUUGGACAUGAGGUGGGCUACACCAUCCGAUUUGAUGACUGCUCUGAUCCCCAUGCCACCAGGAUCAAGUUUCUAACAGAUGGCAUGCUGGUGCGAGAGAUGAUGGCUGAUCCUCUUUUGAAAAAAUACAGUGUGUUGAUGUUAGAUGAGGCACAUGAGAGAACCCUGUACACAGACAUCGCCAUUGGUUUACUAAAGAAGAUUCAGAAGAAGCGGCGAGACCUGAGGCUGAUUGUGGCCUCAGCCACUCUGGACGCCAAGAAAUUCCAUGAAUUCUUCAACCUGAAUGAAUCCGGGGAUCCCAACAAGGACACCUGUGGAAUUCUGACAGUGGAGGGACGCACCUUCCCAGUGGACGUCUUCUACACCGUCAGUCCUGUCCCGGACUAUGUGAAGGCCACAGUGGAGACGGUGCUGAAGAUCCACGAGACAGAGGAUGAUGGAGAUGUGCUGGCUUUUCUCACCGGGCAGGAAGAGGUGGAGAAGGUGGUGUCCCUUCUGCAGGAGCAGGCCAGAUCUCUGUCACGAUACGGCAUGAAGAAACACCUGAGAGUUUUGCCCAUGUAUUCCGGUUUACCCUAUGCUGAGCAGAUGAAGGUGUUCGAGAGGGCUUCCUCUACUGUACGCAAGGUGGUGGUGGCCACUAACAUAGCUGAGACCUCCAUCACUAUAAAUGGCGUUGUGUUUGUCAUUGACUGUGCAUUUGUGAAGCUGCGAGCCUAUAAUCCCCGCACCACCAUUGAAUCGCUGGUGGUCACCCCCAUCUCCAAGGCUUCAGCCAGCCAGAGGGCAGGGAGAGCCGGGCGCAACCGGCCCGGGAAAUGCUUCAGACUAUACACAGAGGAGGACUUUGAGAAACUGCCUGCCGCGACUGUGCCAGAGAUGCAGCGCACCAAUUUGGCCCCUGUCAUCCUGCAGCUCAAAGCUCUAGGCAUUGACAAUGUGCUGCGAUUCAGCUUCCUCUCUCCCCCUCCAGCUCAGACCAUGGUUCAGGCUCUGGAACUGCUCUAUGCUCUAGGAGGUCUGGAUCAAUACGGCCGUCUGACUGAUCCCAUGGGUGUGCGGAUGGCAGAGUUUCCUCUCAGCCCCAUGUUUGCAAAGAUGCUUCUUGAGUCAGGAAAUUUUGGCUGCUCCAAAGAGAUUGUUACCAUAGCAGCGAUGAUGCAGAUUCAGAACAUAUUUGUCGUGCCACCCAAUCAGAAGAAGGCUGCUGCCCGGGAGCACAGGAAGUUUGCCGUAGCUGAGGGAGACCAUCUCACUAUGCUGAAUGUGUAUGAAGCAUUCAUCAAGCACCAGAAGAGCUCCCAGUGGUGCCAGGAACACUUCCUCAAUUACAAAGGACUGCUGCGGGCCAUGACCGUACGAGAGCAGCUGCGACGUCUCAUGAACAAGUUCAAGGUGCCGCGAACCUCCAGUGAAGGUGACCCUGAUGUGAUUUUAAGGUGCAUUGUGUCUGGGUUCUUUGCCAAUGCAGCUCGCAUUCACCAUUCAGGAUCAUACAGGACUUUACGAGACGACCGUGAGCUUCAUAUCCACCCCAACUCUGUGCUGUAUGGAGAGAAACCUCCAAAAUGGGUUGUCUUCAAUGAAGUGGUGCAGACUGCAAAGUACUACAUGCGUGAUGUGACUGCUGUCGAGUCGUCCUGGUUGGUUGAGUUGGCCCCCCACUUUUAUAAGCAGGCUAAGCACGGAUCACUGGCCAGUAAAAGAUCCCGGGUUCUCUAAGUCCUGCCAGCACCACUCUGCAUUAAGAGAGGAAGACGCACUGGAAAUAAUUAGAAGAGCAGCCCUCUUAAACCGCCACUGUGCCCCCAUCCAUCCCACUGUAUAUAAAGAUGUACUAUAUAUUUACUGUCCAUGUCCACCUGCACAACUCCUACAUGCAGGGGGUCCUGUGUGGCCAUGCUAGAAGGGAGCUAGUGGUGGUUUAUGUUAUUUAAGUUUUUGUUAAUAUUAAAUGUGUGUUAAACUGACUUUUGAAGGUCAAUGUCUUACUAUUUGGCAAUGAUGUAGUGCAGUAUGUUUUUAAGAGUUUUAAUAUCUGAUCCAUGACCCAGUGUUAUUGAGGCAAGGUGAGAGUUCGUGGUGAAUGGAUGUCAGAUGUGUUCAGAGUGUGCCUGACUUGUGUCCAUUCGAGCAUGGUCACAUAGAGGAGACCCUUCAUACCUGUACAUAGUCAGAGCAGGCUCAGGUCCAGGGAAUGGCUCUCCUGCCACAGGUCUGUCCAUGCCUGGCUCUUGGCAUCAUUAUUUUUUUAUUGCUGUAUUUUUUUCCUGUUGCAGCACAACAUGAUAAAUAAUUGAAGACAAUGGAAUGUGAGGAUGCUGUAGUGUGAGGGACUUAAUAUGGUUUAGUUUUUGAUUGAUUUGCUUCCCCCCAUAGCCUGGGUGCCUUUAUGUUUCUAAUUGGUUUUGCAAUAUGUGAUGCUCAACACAGAAAAUCUUCCUUUUCCAAUUUACGGAACUUAAAUCAUCUGUACUUUGAUUCUGGCCCCUGUGCCUCUGGUACAUAUUUUCAGGGCUUUGCUGCAGAGGGAAAUACGUGCUUGUUUCUCAGUAAACACCAGAUUGUACAGCUAAUACGAUACUGUGAAAAGACAUCUAGACUUUGGGAGCGUUGUUUUCAGCUCUUUAUUGCCACUUAAAUAUUGUCUAGCUCAAAGAUGGUGGCCUUGUUACCACUCUGUGCCAAAUUUUUUAUUAACUGUAUUUCACAUUUCAUUCUGAGAUGGAAUGUGCAAAUAAACCCAAGCACUGUAAAUGCAAAGCUGUGUAAUCAUAACUAAAAAAAAUGAAGUGCCAUUUAUUCCUAUGAUGACAUAAAGUGCAUUCAGACAUGCAUCCAAAGCCUCAAAGAAACUGCAGCAUUUAUUUUUAAGCCAUUGUUGUAGCCUUUCUUCUCAACAACAAGGAGUUACGGGAUAUUUUUUUUAUCACUCCUGUCAAGGUCAUCUACUAGGUGAUUAGUAAAAUGUUUUUAUGUGUUUUCCAUUCCAUUUUUUACGAUAUGUCUUUUAUAUUUCUGCUUUUGUCCUUAUUAGUGUGCUGUAAUUUUGUUUUUCCGCUCUGGUAUUUGGCCCUGAAUACUUUAGAAAGCCUCGGUGUGCAAUAGAAAAAAAGGUUUGUCAUUUUGAUCCACCAAGACCUGCUUUCAAAUCAGUAAGGUUUCUGUCAUGAACUUUAUUGACUUAUGUCUGCAUGGUUUUAACGUAGAUAACUUGUUCUUGAAGUAACUAGAUGCAGUGAAACAGUAAUCAAACUAGAGAACAACACACCAUAGAUAAAUAAAUCCAAUCAAAUUAGAUGAGUAUACAAGUGAAGUACUCCUGCAUGAUAAAUGGUACUCUAAGGUACACUUAAGAUCACCCCAUAGAUUUAAUUGCAGAUGUAGCAAGAUUACUUGUUUAUUCUCUCAUUUCUGCCGAUACUCUGAAUAUGUACGCAGCCAAACUGUAAUCCGUAGAACUGUGUAGUCGCUCACUGCUGACGAAAUGCUGUUUCAUCUGACAUUUCCACUGAAACAUCCUCAAAUAAAGCCUUAUUGUCACGCAUCGA